AUGGAUCCGAGCUCCGACAUCAUCCUCGACACUCGGUUUUUCCGCAUCUACAGCGACCGGCGCAUCGACCGCUUGAUGGGCACCGAGACCGUGCCGGCCGGCUUUGAUCCGGCCACCGGCGUCACCUCCAAAGACGUCGUUAUAGACAGCGACGCCGGCCUCUACGUCCGCCUCUACCUCCCGGACAUGGCAACCGGUACCGGGUCACCGCCCAACGACAACAACAAGAAGCUCCCGGUGCUAGUCUACUUCCACGGCGGCGGCUUCGUCACCCAGUCGGCAGCGUCCCCGGUCUACCAGCGCUUCCUCACCGCCCUGGCCGCGAAGGCCGGCCUGCUCAUCGUCUCCGUGAACUACCGCCUCGCGCCAGAGCACCCGCUGCCGGCAGGCUACGAGGACUCCUUCCGCGCGCUCGAGUGGGCGGCCUCUGCUGCCAGCGCCGGGGACCCGGACCCUUGGCUGUCACGCCACGGCGACCUGCGCCGCAUCUUCCUGGCCGGCGACAGCGCCGGCGGGAACAUUGUCCACAACGUCGCUAUGAUGGCGGCCGCCGCGUCGUCGUCGGAGGCGCGAGCGCGGAUCGAGGGCGCGGUCCUCCUGCACGCCGGGUUCGGGGGCAGGGAGCCCGUCGACGGCGAGGCGCCGGCGUCUAUGGCGACGAUGGAGAAGCUGUGGGCGGUCGUGUGCCUCGAGGCGACGGACGGCGUGGACGACCCGCGGGUCAAUCCCCUGGCCGCCGCGGCGCCGAGCCUGCGGGACCUGCCGUGCGAGAGGGUGCUCGUGUGCGCGGCGGAGCUGGACUCCCUGCCGCCGAGGGACAGGGCGUACUACGAGGCCAUCAAGGCAAGCGGGUGGGGCGGCACGGUGGAGUGGUUCGAGUCCGAGGGCCAGGACCACGUCUUCUUCCUCUUCAAGCCCGUCUGCGAUGAGGCCCUGGCGCUCAUGGAUCGACUGGCUGAGUUCUUUGCUGGGAAAUGA